AACCUCAUAUACUUUUUUUUAACUGACUCCAAUACCGUUAUAUCCAAAAAAAAAAAAAAAAAAAAAAAAAACUAUCCUUGUGAACAUUUUGAGCAAAACUAGAAUUGUCAAAUCUAUGUACAAUUAAUAGUGAAUUUAAAGUAUCUCUGCUCAAAGUAACAUCUAAAUCUUAGUAUUACUUUCUUAUUCAGAAUAUGGUUGUUUUUUUAAACAUGCAUAGUGGCCUUUUCCUGUUUCGUCGGAUUUUUAAGGAAUAAAGAUUGAAAUAUUGGUCUUAUUCACGUAAAAUUUGAAGAAAAUUUUCUGGGUUUUGAUGGGUUUCAUCAGUUAUUGAAGAAGUGAUAACCAUUGGAGUAAGCUAUAUAUAGAGUUUGAAAAAUCCUUGGUGGGUUUUCUAACAUUUUAGCUGCUGUUGCAAAAACAUGGAGACUGUUGACCUUUAUAAUGCGGGAAAUAGUUUUCGAAGAAACAGUUCUUCCAUAUGGAGGAGUGGUGGCGUGGAAGCGUACUCGAAAUCUUCAGGAGAUGAAGAUGAUGAAGAAGCUCUUAAAUGGGCUGCACUUGAAAAGCUUCCUACUUUCAACCGGUUGAAGAAAGGUUUACUAACUACACAGGAAGGCGAGACCAGUGAAAUCGAUAUACAUAAUCUUGGACUUCAUGAAAGGAAGAUUUUGAUUGAUAGGUUGCUGAAGAUCCCCGAGGAGGACUAUGAGAAGUUCUUGUUGCAGCUCAGGAACCGCAUAGAUAGAGUUGGAAUUGAUGUUCCCACAAUUGAAGUUCGAUUUGAGCAUCUAAGUGUAGGAGCAGAAACCCAUGUUGGGAGCAGAGCUUUGCCUACACUUUUUAGCUUCAUUUUUAACAUAUUGGAGGAUGUCUUGAGUUAUGUCCAUAUUCUUCCAAGUAAAAAGAAGCAUUUGUCCAUUCUUCAAGAUGUUAGUGGAAUCGUUAAGCCUGGCAGAAUGGCAUUGCUAUUAGGCCCUCCAAGUUCCGGGAAGACCACGCUCUUAUUAGCUUUGGCCGGAAAGCUUGAUCCAACUCUAAAGUUCUCAGGAAGGGUGACAUAUAAUGGCCAUGACCUGCGCGAGUUUAUACCCCAGAGAACUGCUGCCUACAUCAGUCAGCAUGAUCUCCAUAUUGCAGAAAUGACUGUGAGGGAAACAUUGGCCUUCUCUGCAAGAUGCCAGGGAGUUGGAUGGCGUCAGGAGAUGCUAGCAGAGUUGUCUAGAAGAGAGAAAGCAGCCAAUAUUAUGCCUGAUCCAGAUAUCGAUAUCUUCAUGAAGGGAGCAUCAACUGAAGGCCAGGAAACAAGCAUCAUGACAGAUUAUGUUCUAAAGGUUUUGGGAUUGGAAGUGUGUGCAGAUACCAUAGUUGGGGAUCAAAUGGUAAGGGGCAUCUCAGGAGGACAAAAGAAGCGUGUUACAACAGGUGAGAUGCUGGUUGGACCAGCCAAAGCCCUGUUUAUGGAUGAGAUAUCUACUGGGUUGGACAGCUCGACAACUUUUCAAAUAGUGAAUUCAAUCAAGCAAAACAUUCACAUUCUCCAUGGAACUGCAGUCAUCUCACUCCUUCAGCCAGCACCAGAGACUUAUGUUCUUUUUGAUGAUAUAAUUCUCCUCUCCGAUGGACAAAUUGUGUACCAGGGUCCCCGUGAACACGUUCUUGAGUUUUUUGAAUCCAUGGGCUUUAUGUGUCCUGAGAGGAAAGGUGUGGCUGACUUCCUUCAAGAAGUAACAUCACACAAAGAUCAAAAGCAGUAUUGGGCACGUGAAAAUGAACCUUACAGUAUUGUCACAGUCAAUGAGUUCGUUGAGGCAUUUCAAUCAUUCCAUGUUCGAAGGGGGAUUCAAGAUGAGCUUGCAAUUCCAUUUGACAAGAGCAAGAGCCACCCAGCUGCUUUGACAACUCAAAAGUAUGGUGUUAGAAAUGAGGAACUCUUAAAAGCUUGCUUCUCCAGAGAAUUGUUGCUUAUGAAGAGGAAUUCAUUUGUUUACAUUUUCAAGUUUACCCAGCUUACUAUAGUGGCACUGAUUACAUCAACGGUUUUUCUACGAACCAAUAUGCACCGCGAUUCAGUAGAGGAUGGAGGAAUUUAUGCUGGUGCUUUGUUCUUUAGCGUGAUUAUAACUCUGUUUAAUGGAUUGGCAGAGCUUUCCAUGACCAUUGCAAGGCUUCCAGUUUUCUACAAGCAAAGGGACCUCCUCUUUUAUCCUCCAUGGGCGUAUGCACUUCCAGCAUGGAUCCUCAAGAUUCCCAUUUCUUGUAUGGAAGCUGCUGUAUGGGUAUUCAUUACCUACUAUAUCAUUGGAUUUGACCCAAAUGUCGGAAGAUUGUUUAGGGAAUACCUUCUGCUUGCAUUGGUUAAUCAGAUGGCUUCUGCAUUAUUCCGAUUUAUCGCAGCAAUGGGCAGGAGCAUGGUUAUUGCUAACACCUUUGGUUCAUGUGCACUGCUCACACUUUUUGCACUGGGAGGGUUUGUCCUGUCAAGAGCGGAUAUAAAAAAGUGGUGGAUAUGGGGCUAUUGGAUAUCUCCCUUGAUGUAUGCUCAAAAUGCAAUAGUGGUUAAUGAGUUUCUUGGGAAAAGCUGGGGCAAAGUUCUCGCAAACUCAACGGAAACACUGGGAGUAGCAGUUUUGAAGUCCCGUGGGUUCUUUCCACAUGCAUAUUGGUAUUGGAUAGGCGUAGGGGCAAUGGUUGGAUUUGUAUUACUUUUCAACAUCUGUUUCACACUGGCUGCUUCUUACCUUAACCCAUUUGGGAAGCCGCAGGUCAUUAAAACAGAUGAUUCUGAAAGCACUGAACACAAUGACAGAACAGAAGAGGGCACUCAGUUACGACAAAGAAGAAAUAACUCAAUUCAUGACACUGAGAUAGAGUAUGGGGAUGAGAUUAGAACUGGAAGUACCUUGUCGAAUUCAUCAUCAUUGGUGAUAGACGCUGCUGUUGAGGCCAACAAAAGCAGGCAAAAAGGAAUGGUUCUUCCAUUUGAACCACAUUCAAUCACCUUUGAUGACAUUAUAUACUCUGUUGACAUGCCACAGGAAAUGAAGAAUCAAGGUGUCCUUGGUGAUAAAUUGGUGCUUCUGGAAGGUGUAAGUGGUGCUUUUAGGCCUGGUAUUCUCACAGCUUUGAUGGGAGUUAGUGGGGCUGGUAAAACUACUCUAAUGGAUGUGCUGGCUGGUAGAAAAACUGGGGGAUAUAUAGAAGGGAACGUUACAAUUUCUGGGUACCCAAAGAAGCAAGAAACAUUUGCCCGGAUUUGUGGAUACUGUGAGCAAAAUGACAUCCACUCCCCUCAUGUUACUGUCUAUGAGUCCUUGGUCUACUCAGCGUGGCUUCGUUUGUCCUCAGAAGUUCGUUUUGAAACCAGACAGAUGUUCAUUGAGGAAGUUAUGGAGCUUGUGGAGCUCAAGCCAUUGAGGCAGGCAAUAGUUGGGUUGCCCGGUGUGAGUGGUCUCUCCACUGAGCAGCGCAAGAGGCUAACCAUUGCAGUUGAGCUAGUGGCUAACCCCUCUAUAAUAUUCAUGGAUGAGCCAACAUCUGGGCUAGAUGCAAGAGCUGCAGCAAUUGUUAUGAGAACUGUUAGGAACACAGUGGACACUGGAAGAACAGUUGUCUGCACUAUCCAUCAGCCGAGCAUUGACAUAUUCGAAGCAUUUGAUGAGCUAUUCCUUAUGAAGCGUGGGGGACAAGAAAUAUACGUGGGGCCGCUGGGUCACCAUUCUCAUCGCUUAAUCAAAUAUUUUGAGGGAAUCCCAGGAGUCAGUAAAAUCAAAGACGGUUAUAACCCAGCGACUUGGAUGUUGGAAAUAACCAGUUCAGCACACGAAGCAGAUUUGGGGGUUGAUUUUGCUCAAAUAUUCAAAAAUUCAGAACUCUAUAGGAGAAACAAGGCACUAAUCAAAGAACUGAGCACACCUGCUCCUAAUUCAAAGGAUCUCUAUUUCCCUACUAAAUACUCUCGUUCGUUGUUCAUCCAAUGCUUUGCUUGCUUAUGGAAACAACAUUGGUCAUAUUAUCGUAACACGCAUUACACUGCUGUAAAAAUUUUCUUUACGGCUUUCGUGGCAUUAUUGUUUGGGACAAUGUUCUGGGACCUUGGCUCCAAAAUCUCAAAGCAGCAAGAUCUAUUUAAUGCAAUGGGUUCCAUGUAUGCUGCUGUGCUUUUCCUUGGGGUCCAAAAUGCUUCCACUGUGCAGCCAGUAGUGGCCGUCGAACGAGUGGUGUUCUAUAGAGAAAGGGCUGCUGGAAUGUAUUCAGCCUUGCCAUAUGCAUUUGCUCAGGUUGUGAUUGAGCUGCCAUAUAUCUUUGUACAAGCAGUGGUGUAUGGUGUUAUUGUUUAUUCAAUGAUUGGAUUUCAAUGGACUGUCACCAAAUUCUUUUGGUAUCUAUUUUUUAUGUACUUCACUCUCUCGUACUACACUUUUUAUGGCAUGAUGUCUGUGGCUGUGACACCAACACACCAAAUUGCUUCCAUUGUUUCCGCUGCGUUUUAUGGGAUAUGGAACCUGUUUUCUGGAUUUGUGAUCCCAAGAACUAGGAUUCCUGUGUGGUGGAGAUGGUACUACUGGAUAUGUCCAACAGCUUGGACUUUAUAUGGACUUGUUGCAUCACAGUUUGGAGAUUUGAAGAACACGCUCGACACAGGUUUAACAGUGGAAGAUUUUGUGGAAAGCUACCUUGGUUUUAGACAUGACUUUUUGGGAGUGGUUGCAGCUGUGGUUGUGGGAUUUGCAGUGUUCUUUGCAUUUAUGUUUGCCUUUGCUAUCAGGACAAUGAAUUUCCAAAAGCGAUAGGAUUGACUCUUGGUUACUUGGAUAGAAUUUGCACUUUACUAUGUUUACAAAUUACAAGUGUUUUUCCUAAUGUCUUGGCAUAUCAGUUGCGCAGAGGUUAAAAUGCCUUGCAAGUAGCCCUCUCUUCUACAAUUGUACUUUUGAGUUUCAUUUAUCCUCAUACCUCAAGGAGGAGAAUUUUCUUUUGUUCAUAAUUUGCAAGAUUUUUUUAUUUAUUUUUUAAGAAAUGGAAUAUUUAGUAUGUGUUUGGAUUU